UAAGUCGGAUCCGCGUAAGUCGGGGACUGCCUGUAGUUCUCACACACAAAAUCAAUUUGGUUCUUUAAAUUAGAAUGUUGUUACAAACUUUCCAUUAUAUUAAAAUGUUCCAUCAGUCACUUUUAUUUCUUCAGAUAGUUGCUCAUUGACAUCUGUUCUCAUAUUUGAUUUCUGAACAACUCUCACUAUGGAGAGAGAUUAAACCAUUGGAACAAUUUACAGUGUCUGUGGUGGAGUCUCCAUUACUGGAAACUUUAAAAUCAAGAUUGGCUGUUAAUCAUGGGGCUUGUACAGUCCACAGGAGACAUAAGGUUGUUUAGCUUUUUGGAUCCCUCCCCUCACAAUGUUUUUCCUUGGUAAUAACUCAGAGUUCUCUUUUCUUCCCCAGCACUACUCCAUGACAGCUUGAUUCCAGUGAAGCUGCAGUGCAUCCUUUUUUUUUCUUCUUCAAUUAAAUGUGGGAAAAUCACAGGUAGAAAGAAAGGGAAUGGUCAGAACACAAAUUAUGAAAGUGUUCAUCAUUGGACUUGGAGGUGUGACAAAUGGGGGAAAAACAACACUGGCAAAACGACUUAGCAAACAGCUUCCAAACUGCAGUAUUCUUUGUCAAGAUGACUUCUUUAAGCCAGAAUCUGAAGUAGAAGUAGACGAACGUGGAUUUAAGCAGUAUGAUGUACUUGAUGCUCUUUAUAUGGAGGAAAUGGUGAGAACCAUACACUCCUGGAUGAAAAACCCGACUGACUCCUCUGUCUCAAUAACAGAGUCAAAGAGUACACAUAAGAGUCUGAAAAGUACAGAGGAUAUUCACAUUUUAAUAGCUGAAGGUUUUCUUCUGUAUAACUAUGAGCCUCUUAAUGAAGUAUGGGAUAGAAGAUAUUUUCUGACCAUUCCGUAUGAAGAAUGCAAGAGGAGAAGGAGUACCAGAGUUUAUCAGCCGGCAGAUCCACCAGGAUACUUCGAUGGACAUGUAUGGCCUAUGUAUCUGAAACAUAAAAGGGAAAUGGAAGAAAAUACAAAUAAUAUUGUUUAUUUGGAUGGAACAAAAUCUGAGGAAGAUCUUUUUUCACAUGUGUAUAAUGAUAUAGUACAGGAGCUAGAAACAUGGAAAAAAACUAAUAUGCAUGAGCAAGUGAACAGAACAGAGAGACAGUUUAAAUCCCUCCCAGAUAACCAACAAAACCUGCUUCCUCAAUUUCUUCUUCAUCUGGACAAGAUUCGGAAAUGUAUUGAUCAUAAUCAAGAGAUCCUACAGACCAUUGUGAACGAAUGCAAACAUAUGUUUGAAAAUAAAGAAUAUGGAGAAGAUGAAAAUGGGAAGAUUGUGCCAGCCUCAACGUUUGACAUGGAUAAAUUAAAGUCCACUUUGAAACAGUUUGUAAGAGACUGGAGUGAAACGGGGAAACCUGAAAGAGAUUCCUGCUACCAGCCAAUCAUUAAUGAAAUUGUAAAGAACUUUCCAAAAGAGAGAUGGGAUCUCUCCAAAGUUAAUGUCCUGGUACCUGGUGCUGGGCUAGGUAGAUUGGCCUGGGAAAUAGCUAUGCUCGGUUAUGCUUGCCAAGGAAAUGAAUGGAGCCUCUUUAUGCUCUUUUCUUCUAAUUUUGUACUCAACAGAUGCUCUGAAAUUAACUCUCUCAAACUUUAUCCCUGGAUUCAUCAGUUUAGCAAUAACAGGAGAUCUGCGGAUCAGAUACGACCAGUUUAUUUUCCUGAUGUUGAUCCCCACAGUCUUCCUUCUGGUGCAAAUUUUUCUAUGACAGCAGGGGAUUUUCAAGAAAUUUACUCAGAGUGCAAUAUAUGGGACUGCAUAGCAACCUGCUUCUUCAUAGACACAGCUCAUAAUGUCAUUGAUUACAUUGAUACGAUAUGGAAAAUCCUCAAACCAGGAGGAAUAUGGAUAAAUUUAGGUCCUCUCCUUUAUCACUUUGAAAACUUGGCAAAUGAACUUUCGAUAGAAUUGAGUUAUGAGGAUAUAAAAAAUGUUAUAUUAAAGUAUGGAUUUCACCUAGAGGUGGAGAAAGAAUCUGUAUUAUCAACAUACACUGUGAAUGAACUAUCAAUGAUGAAAUACUACUAUGAAUGUGUGUUGUUUGUGGCUAGGAAACCAGAGUUGCAGUGUUUCAAAUAGAUUCUUCAGGAAAAAAUGCUGGAGAUGUUAAAAUUGAAAACACACAGUGGACUAGGUAAUGACUGGAUACAACCUCAAAUCAGUGGUGCCUUGUUUAUUCUUAACAGGAAUUUGAGAGUGUCUAUUUUCUUAAUAUCUGUAUUGCUAUUCAGAUAUAUACUGUGCCAUGCAUAUUUGUACUGUACUUGUGAAAAUGGAAGUAUUCACCAGAUUGCAUAAAUACAUCCCAUUUUUUGAGUUUUAUACUUGUGUUUUAUUGUCUGCCAUGAAGUUGUCCUGAUAAGACUGGUUUAAUUAAAAAUUGUUUCCAUUUCAUCUGCAGCUGUCUGUAAUGUGCAUAAUCUAUAGCUCUCAGGACCUGUUGGAAAGGAUAUAUAAUUCUGUGUUUGAUAUCAGAACUGGGAAUAUUCUUUCCACUGUGGAUCUGAGGCUUAAAACAAAAUAUGCUAUGUAUUCUGCCUCAGUUUUUACACAUAAUUCUUUUUGUUUUCAUUUUCCUUGUGGCUUUAUGGAUGUUGAGGUAUAGUAUGAACGCAGACACAGUUUAGAGAAGGCUUUCUUUACAUCAGUUUAAAAAAUAGAAUUUACAAAACCUGAAAUUACUGAAAAGUGUUAAUGUUGCUGGAAAGCUACAUUCAUUGUGACUUUUAGCGCUCCCAGGACCAUUUUCUGUUAGACCGGAAAUAGAAACAUAAGAUUUUAGAAACUCUAUUUUUGGCUAUGCUAAACUUAGCAAUCUAUUCUAAUAGUUUGUUAGCUUUGGUAAUUUGGAUAUUGGUAUAUGAAAUCAUAGUAUGGAGUGAAGCAAAGCAUCAUGUCACAAAGAAGCAGGAGUAAAUUAACUUUGAAAUGGAAAUAAGACUUGUUCUGUUAAUGCAGGAACUGCACUCUCACUUUACCCAUUUGAAGUUUACCAGUGUAACUUAUCUGUUGCUUAAAUAAAGUGUUUGAAGCAUUUAUUUUAA